AUGCCAUGGACCGGUGACGGUUAUGAAAAUAUCGAUGAGUCCUUGAAUGUGGAUGUUCUGGAAGACACACAAACUAUGCUUCGUUCAGCACUCGGGGGCACUAAGUUAUUCCGACUCUGUCGAGGCAUCCAAACUUCAUCCAGUCGGUGCGUUAGCCUCAGCCGAAAUAUGACUGAAUUUGCGAGAAUCUUUUAAUUCAAAAACCAUUUUGCAGAAUGACUACGCGAAAGCCAUAUCUGUGCCAAUUGAAGUGCUGGUUAAUUAUCAAUGCGCGGCAACACCAGCUGACCAGAAUCAGAAAUCCCAAAACUGUCUAG